GAGCCCUGUCGCUCUCUGCAAGCACUCACAACACAAUGCCACCAGAAACCAGCUCUGCGGAAGAGAAGCACGCCUGCAGAGAUGGACUGGAAAGCCAGCAAUUUACUCGGCGUCGUGUCCAGCGACGGUGGGUCCUGCCUGAAGCGGAUCGGGACGUGUCUCGCCGACCCGGUCUGCAACCGGAACCUCUGGCCGCUGCUGGAGGCGUGCGGCGAGGAGCGGUGCGACGGCACGCGCUGUCGGGGCGCGUCCCGGCACUUCUACGGGGGCCUGCCCGCGUCCGUGGCCGACCUGCUGGUGAUGUGUGACUGCGGGCCCGGGGAGAAGGACUGCCAGCGCAUGGCCGCCAGGCUGCACAGUGGCACGUGCGGCGGUGAAAUGUGGAGUUGUCAGGAAGGGGUUAGCCACUGCUGGACGGACCAGAGCUGCAGACAGCGCUUGAAAAGCUUUACAUCGAAAUGCUGGGAUGCGGAGAGUGCGACGUGCGGGGAAUAUGACGAUGGAAAUGAGGAGUGCGUUUGGCAGAUGGAACCAGCUCUCCUUCUCAGCGGAGAGGCCGAGUGCAGAACGGCAUUCCUCGCGUUGAUGGGCACCCCACUUCAGUACCCGUGUACCUGCACGGGCUUGAACUCCCGCGAGCGGCAGAGAUGCGACACCGUCAGUAAUGUACUCCAAAAUCGCUCACGCUUCACGGGACUCUGGCCAACAUUGGUGGAUUCUAACAAAACCUUUGACACUGGGGAAUCGAAGUCUGAUGGACACACCUGGGUGACUGGCCACCUCCUUUACGGGCUGAUAUACUUGGCCCUCAUUGUAAUCGUCAUUUUAGUGACCACUGGGAUUCUCUGUAAAUCUGGUGUGCUGAGGAAAAAAGGCCAAACCCAGUUUCACCCCCAGGGGAAACCAACAUGUGUGGCUAUUCUCUGACAAACUAAACAAACGUUUCUCUGUCAUGAAGAGGGGAAAGAACAUAGGGCUUUCCUUGGCAGGGGGUCUCCACAGUUAUAAUGGUACAUGUGCCGUUCCUUUAUUUACUGAUAUUUGUUUUGUUGUUGCUGUACACUUUCCUCAAAGGGACUAUGUUGGUAUUCAUGUUGGUAUUUCUCCCCAUUUCAUGUUCAUGCUUCCCUGUUUUCUUUCCUGUUUUUUGUUUUGUAUUUGUAGCAAGAUAUGA